CCGCAAACCAUAGAGUACCGGAAAAAGCGAGAGCCGAAGUGUCAGGAGGAGAAAGCGGUGGCCGUGUGGUUCACGUUAAAAUGACGACUUUAGUGCUGGAUAACGGAGCCUACCAUGCCAAAAUCGGUUACAGCCAUGAAAAUGUGUCGGUAAUUCCUAACUGUCAGUUCAGGUCAAAAACAGCGCGUCUUAAAACUUUUACUGCUAACCAGAUAGAUGAAAUAAAAGACCCUUCUGGACUCUUUUACAUCCUUCCUUUUCAGAAGGGCUACUUGGUGAAUUGGGAUGUUCAAAGACAAGUUUGGGAUUACCUUUUUGGAAAAGAAAUGUAUCAGGUUGAUUUUUUAGAUACCAACAUUAUUAUUACAGAACCAUACUUUAACUUCACUUCAAUUCAAGAAUCAAUGAAUGAAAUCCUAUUUGAAGAAUAUCAGUUCCAAGCAGUCUUAAGAGUAAAUGCUGGUGCUCUCAGUGCACAUAGGUAUUUUCGAGAUAAUCCUUCCGAGUUAUGCUGUAUCAUUGUAGAUAGUGGAUAUUCCUUUACACAUAUAGUUCCUUACUGUAGAAGUAAAAAGAAAAAAGAAGCAAUUAUUCGGAUAAAUGUGGGAGGAAAACUCCUAACCAAUCAUCUAAAGGAGAUCAUAUCUUACAGGCAGCUACAUGUUAUGGAUGAAACACAUGUGAUUAAUCAAGUGAAAGAAGAUGUGUGCUAUGUGUCUCAGGAUUUUUAUAGAGAUAUGGAUAUCGCAAAGUUGAAAGGAGAAGAAAAUACAGUAAUGAUAGACUAUGUUUUGCCUGACUUCAGUACAAUUAAAAAGGGCUUUUGUAAGCCACGGGAGGAGAUGGUGUUAAGUGGAAAAUAUAAAUCUGGGGAACAAAUUCUUCGUCUGGCCAAUGAGAGAUUUGCUGUUCCAGAAAUACUCUUUAAUCCUUCUGAUAUAGGUAUUCAAGAAAUGGGUAUUCCAGAAGCUAUUGUCUAUUCAAUUCAGAACUUACCUGAAGAAAUGCAGCCGCAUUUUUUUAAGAACAUUGUUUUGACAGGAGGAAAUUCCCUUUUCCCAGGAUUUAGAGAUCGGGUUUACUCAGAAGUUCGAUGUCUCACUCCAACAGAUUACGAUGUUUCAGUUGUGCUGCCUGAAAACCCUAUUACUUAUGCCUGGGAAGGUGGAAAAUUGAUAUCAGAGAAUGACGAUUUUGAAGAUAUGGUAGUAACAAGAGAAGAUUAUGAAGAAAAUGGACAUAGCGUCUGUGAAGAGAAAUUUGAUAUUUAAGAAACAUUCUGAAUUAAAGUUUUGACUGGUUGUGACUGAAAGGUUUAAUUUCAAUGUUCUUUUAAAAGUAUGUUAAGGACGCGUGUUACCUUUCAUCCUAAGAUAAGAUCUUAAACUUAUGUAAAUACUUUGAUCCUUGGCUAAUUUUCAAAGGUUUCUUAGCUACGUUAUUACAGUAAACUGUAUCUCAGCUCGUAUUUUCAUUAAAGAGUUAGACUACCAUAACAGUGCUCACACUGUUCCUGAGAAUAGGCUAUCUUUCGUUAGAAGAUGAAAGAGUGAAUGCAUUUUAAAUUUAAUUCUUUAUAGCUGAGAGCACAAACGUAACCAUCUCACUGGUCAGUUUUCUUUGGAAGUCUGUUUUGUGUGACUGUAAGUAGGGAGGGAUUGGCUAACGUGUUUUCUGGCUGAUAUGAUUUCUCUUAUAGAAGUAAGUAUUUUAUCUAAAAAUUAUCAUUUUUAUUUAUACAUACUAAAGUUGGGAAGACUAAUCUUAUUUGUGUUUUACAUUUAUUUUUUAUUUAGAGUAAGUUGGAAAGGGUGAAAACUAAAACCAAUUUAUUAAAGUGCUUUUUGAUCAGUA